UAUCUUAAAAUUCCCCGUAGAUUUAGCGUGAUAAUACGUGCUAGUGACCGUUCAAAUUGAAGCGGCUCUUUGGGGGUGUUUUCGAAAGGAAUUGAGGACGUCACCUCAGUUGCGGCAACGAUCAUCGGGACAACACAAGUCUAUCAUAAUGUCGGGCAAGGUGAAACGCACUGCGGUCAACACUGCUGAAUCGGCUACUGUGUCUGUCAACGAGAAGAUACUGCGAGAAUGCCAUAGCCUUUAUACUGAACCAGAUAAUGGCUUGGUAGCUAUUGGAGAAAGCCUUGGCCUGAAGUUGCUGCCUCCUAGAAAGAAGAUCAAUGUCAUGUUGAUGGGCAACCACUCUGCUGGGAAGAGUUCAUUUAUUAACUGGUACAUUGAAGAACAUGUGCAGAGGACUGGUGUGGCCAUCGAGACCCAAGGCUUCACCUUCAUUACCAGUGGCCGGAAGCGGGAAUCCCUUACUGGAAAUGCUACACUUCAUCUUUAUCCCCACUUCAAGCCCCUGCAAGACAUUGAGGGUGUUGUGGAUUACUUGAAUACAGAGAUUAGCACUUCAAAACAGAAGAAAUUUAGUCUGGUAACUUUUAUUGAUACCCCUGGUCUGGUUGAUGGAGACAUGAAGUAUCCAUUUGAUGUUAAUCAGUCCAUGCUAUGGCUAGGUGACCUGUGUGAUUUAAUCUUCGUGUUCUUUGACCCAAUUGGCCAAGCAUUGUGCAAGAGAACUUUAAACAUUGUGGAGCAGUUGAAUGAAACUCACUCAGAGCGCAUUCGCUUCUAUCUAUCCAAAGCUGAUGAAGCAGGUCAUGAAAGUGACAGGCAGAGGGUAAUGAUGCAGAUUGUACAAGAAUUAUGUAAGCGCCCAGGCCUCAACAAGACUGGCUUUGAUAUGCCAACAAUUUACAUUCCCAAUCCAAACAAGCCAAGUCGCUGUGUAAACCAAAUUGAAGAGGUUUGCCGAGAUAUUGAGAAGACUAUUAAUCAGACAAUCCAGAACACACUGAACCAAUUGGAAAGGGACUGUGACCAGAUUUCAACACUUGUUGAUGAAGCCAUUGAAGCCGACAAUGUGUCAAGGGCCUAUAAUUUCCGUGCUAAGGCAAAAGGGAUGGGACUGUCCUUAUUUGGAUUCCUACUACCAAUUAUACUGAUGCUGGAAGUUUUACUUUCCUCUGCUCCAAGGGAACUUGUUAAUAAUCUCUUUGGAGAGUCACUGGCUAACUCAUUAGCAACUUAUAUGGCCCCAUUAACAUCUUUCUGGAUGGCCAUUGGUGAGGAUAAUCAACUGGUGGUGCUUGCUGUUGUACUGGUUGUGUCUGGUACAUUCCUCAUUAUCUCUCGCUACUGCAGCAAGACGAGGCCCACUUUACAGCGCCGCUCAAAGAAGGCCCUGGUGGAGAAGAGAGAGUAUGUUAAUUCUCAUGUGAAGGGACAAAAGAAAAAACUCUACUCAGAAUAUCUGCAGCAAAGUGUUUCUGAUCAAGAUUUAUAAAAAUAGUCAGAUGAAGGCUUGAUAUGAUGGUAGCAAAAUGACAGCUUUUGUUAAGUACAAAAAUGCAAGGGAAAGAGAGGAGAAAGGAAGAGAAAAUCACCCAGUGCCUAAUGUUUUAUACUGUAAAAUGAAGCCAAAGAACAGUAUUUUUCUAUGAAGCAUUGAAUGCAUGGCUAGCACUGACUGUAUGUACACACACACACGCACACGCACACGCACACGCACACGCACACACACACACACACAAUCACACACACGCACAAUCACACACACGCACAAUCACACACAUGCACAAUCACACACACACACAAUCACACACGCACAAUCACACACACGCACAAUCACACACACACACAAUCACACACAAUCACACACAAUCACACAAUCACACAAUCACACAAUCACACUCUCACACUCACACUUACACUCACACAUAAUUAUACAUGCACAAGUGCAUACACUUACUUGGACAUGCACAUUGACACAAUUAUGCACAUGUACAUAUGUGCACAUAUACACAUGCACAUGUUUAUAUGUUCACAUAUGCACAUGCACAUGUUUAUAUGGGCAUAUGCAUACACAUAAUCAUAUACUCAUAUACUCAUAUACUCGUACUCUUACACUUACACACUCACACGCUCACAUACACACACACGUACUCACGCACACAUGCACAUACACAUAUACACAUACACACAUACACAUACUCAUGUAUACAGACACACAUAUUACACAUACACAUUCACAUUUACACAUAUACAAAUACAUAUAUACAUUUACUUAUGCAUACAUACACAUGCAUGUGAAUAUGUACUGCAUAUAUACUCAUACAUGGAGGGCAUAAAAUUUGUUUAACAGAUAUUUACCUCUUAGCUCUAAUAUAGACUAUAUUUGUGUAACUGUUAGUAUGCACUUGUUUUGAGAUCAAAUAGCUACUUUUAUAGGAUAUUGUUUUUAGUAAUGAGACGGUUAUAUUUCAUUCGAAAAAAUGUUAAAUUUCAUUUUUGACCACUGGUUGUGCAAAGCAGAAAUUGUUAAAUGUUUUUGAAUAAAAUAAUAUGAUAG